AUGACAACGCACCGGAGGAACUAUCUCGGUAUCACCGGCCUCGAUGGCCCGAUACAAGGGUUCGCCGGUAUCACUGCGCACGUCCAGAAUGCGAAGAACCGUGUACCCGAUCUCAUAAAGCUCACCAAUGGCGCUCGCCGUCAUACCGGAAUUCACCCACUCUUCCAGAUCAUGGGGCAAUCAUGGGGCAGGCGGCGGAUUUCGUCCCAGGUCAUGCCACCUGGCAGGCGUGGCGCGUCGGGCAUGGAAGUGGUCGUGGACGCUGAGGUCGAACCGGAGCUAGAGCUCUACGGCUCCGUCGCGCGAGAGGUAAACUCGUUGGCCUGCUGGUUGUCCAUUUUGGUUGGAAUUGCCAGAGGCAAACUGACUGAAGCUGGGUUCUGA